AUGCAGCGGUGGCUCCUCCAGCGCGGGCUGCGUCACCCGCCGCCCGCCCAACCCGACGGUGGCGCCGCCGUCCAUCUGGCGCAGCCCCUCGGGGACCUCCUCGGCGUAUUCCGGAGUGUCGAGCAGUUGCGCCCUCUCCUGGCGCGGCUCAUCCUCACCGGCCAGGUCGGCGGCGCCGCCGUCCUCCGCCACCUCGUCGACUUUCUUGUCCGAUUCUCCGACCGCCCAUCCUCCCUGCACCUCUCCCGCCUCCUCUCCGCCCACUACUUCCGCCUGGUCCCUUCCUCCGCCGCCUUCCUCUUCAACACGCUCAUCAGGGGUUGCGCGAGGAGCAGGCGGCCUGCAGAGGCCAUCGCCGCCUUCGCCCAGAUGCUCCGAAGCGGUUCCUUGCCGGAUAACUUCACAUUCCCCUUCCUCGCCGUCGCCGCCACCAAGAUCUCCUGGCGAGAAGGCGAGCUGACCCACUGCCAGGCCCUGAGACGCGGGCACGAUGCCGAUGUCUAUGUGGUGAACACUCUGCUCAAAAUGUACUCGGAAUAUGGGGACAUGGGCUCUGCACAGAAACUAUUCGAUACGAGUCCCCCAAUGCUGGAUGUCGUCUCGUGGAACACGAUCAUCGAUGGAUACGUGAAAGCCGGGCUCACGACGAGCGCCCGGCACCUGUUCGACAGAAUGCCUGCCAGAAAUGAGGUUUCUUGGAGUGCCAUGAUUGGUGGGUAUGCCGGAUCUGGGGAGCUGGAUGUGGCGCAGUCAUUGUUCGACCGUAUGCCCGCAUCGGUCGGAAGGAAUGCAGUUACCUGGAAUUCGAUGAUAACUGGUUUUUCUAAGCAGGGGCUGUUGCCGUUGGCCCGCAAGUUCUUCGAUGAUAUGCCGGAGAGGAACAUUGUGUCCUGGAAUGCCAUGAUAUCGGGAUAUGCGCUCAACGGGAAGAUGAGCUCUGCGAGGGCAUUGUUUGAUGAAAUGCCGGAGCGAGACGUCGUCUCUUGGAGUUCGAUGAUCUCAGGUUAUGUACAGAGCAACCAUUAUAGGGAGGCCCUGGAGCUGUUCAACCAGAUGCAGCUGAGCAGGAAUGUGAGGCCCAAUGAGGUGACUAUGGUGAGUUUGCUUUCUUCGUGUGCUCAUCUUGCUGCACUGGAACAGGGGAAGUGGAUCCAUGCGUAUAUUGACAGGAACAAGAUGAGGCUAGACAGUGAUGAUAAUCUCGGAGCAUCAUUAGUUGAUAUGUAUGCCAAAUGUGGGUGUGUCGAUUCAGCGGUCAAAGUUUUCAGAAACUUGCGUCACAGAAACGUUUCGACGUGGAAUGCGAUGAUCUCAGGACUAGCAAUUAAUGGCUUAGCUAGUGAGUCCGUUGACUUGUUUGAGGAGAUGCAACAUUCAGGAGCGAAGCCCAAUGACAUAACCUUCCUCGGGGUAUUAAUGGCAUGUGCUCAUGGGGGACUGGUUGAUCAGGGACGUCAGUACUUUGCAAUGAUGUCUUACGCUCAUGGAAUCGAGCCUCAGAUGAAGCACUAUGGAUGCCUGGUGGACCUUCUUGGGAGAGCCGGCAUGCUGGAGGAGGCAGAGGAGGCCAUCAGAAGCAUGCCCAUGAAGCCAGAUGUGAUGAUCUUGGGAGCUCUACUGGGCGCAUGCAGGAUCCACAGAAACGUUCCAGUUGCAGAAAGACUAACAGUUGACUUUCUUGAACUCAACUCUCAGGAAGCUGGCUGUCAUGUGCUACUUUCAAAUAUCUAUGCUGCUGCUGGCAGAUGGGCUGAAGCUUCUCAGAUCAGAAGGCUGCUGAGGAGGAGUGGCAUCAAAAAGGUACCAGGGUCUAGUUCACUUGAGUUGGAUGGGAAUAUAUAUGAAUUUGUCUCGGGAGAUCGGUCGCAUCAAAAGACGUCCGAGAUAUAUGACUUGUUGGAUCAAACGGUCUGGAAAUCGACACCUGAAGGGUGUUCACCAGCCACAGAAGAAGUCUUACUGGAUGGAAAUGAAGAAGAAUAG